CUGUGUGUAGUUGAAGUGGUCACCUGUCCUGAUGGAGCCAAUGUUGGUGCUCUUAUUUCUGGUGGUGUGUUGGUGUCGUGGUGGCCUCGGUCUGGUGGUGUACACGGGCAUCACCCUCGACGACGCCUCCCCCCACACCGAAACUCUCCUCCAGCGCCUCGACCCCUCCGUCACCACCUCUCGCGGCACCUUCUUCGUCGAUACCAACACCGUCCAUAACAUCUUCAUCAACCCGUACACCACCCAGCCAGUGAACCCCCAGUCUGCAGUACCCAGCGCCGUCCAGACCCUACCUGUGAACCUCAAAACAGUCCAGAACCUCGUCAUAGAUCCCAAAACACUCCAGAACUUGAGGGCGACUGAAGGGGAUGCCACAGUAAUUGAUUAUCAAAGACGUUCCCAAUCAUCAUCAGCGGCAGCAUCAACACCUGACGGCAUUCAACCCAACCAAGAAAAUGACCCCAACGUGUCGCCAUACUGGACUGACCCUGAAGGCCGCCGCCCGAGCAAGGCACCGCCCACCACCCACGAUGACCUGACCCCACCUCUUCCAACCUGCAGAGAGGUACCUGUGGCGUGCAACUCAUCUGCCAGGUAUCGGAGCAUCUCGGGGCGCUGUAACAACCUGCUCUACCCUCACCUGGGCUCCCCCGGCCAGCCUAUGCCCCGCGUCCUCCCACCUGUGUAUGACGCCGGGUUGAUGAGGACUCGGUCAGCAGUAGGAGGUCUUCUGCCUAACCCGAGGGAGGUGAGCUUGGUGGUGAGGGAGGCGCCCACAGGCCCACCCACCUCACACAACCUCCUCUUCAUGCAGAUAGGGCAGUUCAUAGACCACGAUCUGGCCCUCAUCUCCAUCAUCACAGGUGCGGAUUCGACCCCGAAGAAGUGUGAGGCCUGUAGCAUGUGGAGGGACGACCCGGCCUGUGCCCCAAUCCCCAUCCCUCAAGACGACUCUCACCUCCAGCCACAGGAUCUCUACUCCGGCCAGCGCAGGUGCCUCAGCUUCGUCAGGAGUGGUGCUGUGGGUGGGCGUGACAUGCAGGGGCUGCCCACACUCGAUCAGACCAGCGUGUGCACCGCGUUCCUCGACCUCUCCACGGUGUACGGGAGUGACGAGUGCCGCGAGAGGGACCUGAGACUGUACUUUGGGGGGAUGAUGGUGGAGGUGAAGCCGGGGAACUCCCGGAGAGGUUUUCCUCCCACGACGGACGCCCAUCACUUCGAGGAUUGCCGCAGCGACAAGAAUAAAUGUUUCCUCGCUGGUGACGACAGGAACAACGAGCACCUGGCCUUGAUGGUGAUACACACACUGUUCUUCAGGGAGCACAACCGCCUCGCCACCCACCUGUCUGCCCUCAACCCUCACUGGGGCGACGAGACCAUCUUCCAGGAGGCACGUCGAAUCAACAUUGCACAGUAUCAACAUAUUGUCUACAGUGAGUUUCUGCCAGUACUGCUCGGCCAACAGAAGAUGGCCGACUACCGCCUUACUCCGGAGAAGUCGGGAUACUAUCAGGGCUACGACGCUCGGGUCAACCCAGGAGUACUAAACGAGUUCGCUACGAGUGCCUUUAGAGUGGGUCACACCAUGGUACCUAAUCGGCUGUUUCUCCUAGACCACAACUACUUCCCGCUGGCCUCUGUUCCUCUCGUCCACACCUUCCACAACUCCUCCCUGGCGCUGAAGCCUGGUAUGUCUGACACCGUGGUGCGUGGACUAGUGGGGACAAGGCUUGAGGCCGUCGACCUACGCUUUGAGGGGGCCAUCCUGAACCAGCUCUUCCAGGGGCUCCACACUGCUCCCCAAGACCUCUUCGCCAGGAACAUCGCCAGAGGUCGAGAUCACGGGAUUGGGCCUUACAUCAAGUAUCGGGCAGCGUGUGGUGGUGAGGCUGCCACCUCAUUCGACGACCUACUCCGUGUAAUGUCACAGUCAGCCGUGGCCGCCCUUCGUCAGGCUUAUGCUCAUGUUGAAGAUGUGGACCUCUUCCCUGGGGGUCUGGCGGAGAAUCAUGUACCAGGAGGUCUGGUGGGGCCAACAUUCGCCUGCAUCAUCGCCUACCAGUUUCUCAACUCCCGACGUGGCGACAGGUUCUGGUAUGAGAACGCUGACGCAGGGCUGACACCUCCUCAGCUUCACGACGUCCGCACUUCCUCCUCCUUGGCUCGCCUCGUCUGUGACAACUUGGAUGAAGACGACGCUAGAAUUCCUGCCAAUGUAUUCUUCCUCCCUUCUAAGAGAGAGAACCCCUUGAAGUUGUGUGACCAGCUGGCUUCCCUUGACCUGACCCUAUGGGAGGAGGAACACUACCCUCUUCAGGUGGAAUGUGCUUACAGGGGUCAACUUCACCCUCCUGGCAGAUACGUCCACGUCUCUCCCUGUCUCGUCUGUCUCUGUCUCUCCCACGGCCAUAUGCGCUGUAAGCCUCAACUGUCUGGCUGUCAACAGCCAAACCAGGACGAACACUGCCAGCUGCUGUGUUGACGAGCCUUCCUCGUCCCCUCAACACUGGUGACAAGAUGGUCUAGCACACAGCGGCUCUCCCGUCUAAGAAUAUUACGCUUGUCUUCUGAAAAUUUUUGAAAACAUAUCAUUCUGUAUCGUCUUUUGGUUAUUAUAAUAAAGAGGAAUAUUUAUUAAA